AUGCCAGAUAAAUAUGCUUUUCUAUUAAGCAUGCCGUAUUGUCUCUCUCCUUUCCCGGCAAAAGUUUCCGCCGCCGACGACUGCGGAACCCUAGAGGCGGAAGUCGUCUUCCUCCCGAGUGCUCAUUUGUUUCUUUGUUUGAUGAUGGAUAUCAAUUCAAACGAGCUUCUCAGAAGGAAAGCUGUUUCAGAGACCUUGAUGAAAGGGACCUGUUCUGACGUUGCUACAACCUUUUCUUCUGCUCCUGCUGUAAAUGUUCACUCCCCUGGUUUGAGUUUUGCUGUGUGUGUUGGCGAGAAGAGAAAGAGGAAUGCGUCAAAUGAUAUUAGAGAUGCAGAAAGCGGAGAGGAGUUGGUACAACCAAAGAUUUCUGAAAGUGCUGGUCUCAAGUUUAACGACUUUGAGAAGCUGAGGGAAGAUGUAAACUUUGCGGUUGGGCAGACCUGGGCUGUUUAUGAUGAUAAAGUGGAUGGGAUGCCUAGAUUGUAUGCCCGGAUCAGAAAAGUUUCAGCUCCUUCCUUUGAGUUUAGGAUCACAUACUUGGAGCCAGAUCCAGAUGAUGAGAGAGAGAUCCAAUGGUUUGAACAGGACUUGCCUGUUUCUGCUGGUCAGUUCAGGCUUGGGAAAAAUCACAACACGAAAGAUCGUUCAAUAUUCUCACAUGUUGUACAUUGCAAUGAAGGAAACAACACUGGUCAUCUCACUGUUACACCGAGAAAAGGCGAGACUUGGGCUCUGUUCAAGAACUGGGACAUUAAGUGGUCUACGAAGAUCACCCUAACUCAGGCGUUCGAGCAGGCAGCAGAACUGAAGCUACACGUAGGUCGUUUAAAGGCUUCUCCAUACCCUCAGAAUUUCAUCAAGUGGGAGGACAAGGGGAUGCCUGUUGGUUGUGGGACUUUCUUUGUGGCUAAAACUUGCUCAACAAUCACUCCAGAUAAUGUUUCACAUCAGAUAGUGCCUAAAACCUCCAUGGAUGGAGAUGAGUACACCAUUCUGCCCAAGAUUGGCGAAGUGUGGGUGAUUUACAGAUCCUGGGCUCCUCACUUUGACGUCGAUGAACUGGAAAGAGACGAGUUGGACUUUGACAUCGUCGAAGUUCUUGAUGACGCCUUGAAGUAUAAGGUUUUAGCGUUGGAGCGAGCGUUGUUUCCGAAUGAAGAGAAAAGUAAAAUUUUCAGAGCAGCUAAGAGCAGGCCCUCUGAGUGUUGUGUCGAGGAUGGGUCGGGAGUGAUAUUUACAAUCCCAAAGUGGAAAAUUCUCAGAUUUUCUCAUCAGGUUCCUGCUUCCCGCGUAACCAAGGAGAUAGACGGAGAGGUGAAUGUGCUUUUUGAAGUUGAUAGUAGCGCGAUACCUUGUUCAACGGCGUAUCGUCUCUCUCCUUUUCCGUCAAAGGUUUACGCCGCCGACGACGCUGCGGAACCCUAGAGGAGGAAGUUGUCUUCUUGAGUGCUAUCGUUUCUUUGUUCGAUGAUGGAUAUCACUUCAAACGAGCUUCGUAGAAGGAAAGCUGUUUCAGAGGCUUUAAUGAAAGGGACUUGUUCUGAAGGUGCUACAACAUUUACUUCUGCUUCUGCUGGAAAUGUUCACUCCCCCGGUUUCAGUUCUGCCGUGAGUGUUGGCGAGAAGAGAAAGAGGACUGAGCAUGGUGAAAGUUGCAAUACCGAAAAUGGCGGUGUUGAACAGGAUAAUAGAAGAGGUUCCAAUGAUAAUGGAUGUGCAAAAAGGGGAGAAGAGUCAAUACAACCAAAGAUUUCUGAAUGUGCAGGUCUCAAGUUUAACGAUUUUAAGAAGCUGAGGGAAGAUGUAAACUUUGCGGUUGGGCAGACCUGGGCUCUUUAUGAUAAAGUGGAUGGGAUGCCUAGAUUAUAUGCUCGGAUCCGAAAAGUUUCAGCUCCUUCCUUUGAGUUUAGGAUCACAUAUCUAGAGCCAGAUCCAGAUGAUGAGAAAGAGAUCCAAUGGUUUGAACAAGACUUGCCUGUCUCUGUUGGUCAAUUCAGGCUUGGGAAAAGUCAGAACACGAAAGACCGAUCCAUGUUCUCACAUGUUGUACAUUGCAAAGAAGGAAGCAACACCGGUCAUCUCAAUGUUUCCCCGAGAAAGGGCGAGACUUGGGCUCUGUUGAAGAACUGGGAUAUCAAGUGGUCUUCAGAGCCAGAUUCUCACCGGAAAUACGAGUAUGAGUUUGUUGAGAUUUUGUCAGAUUACGCUGAUGGAACUGGUGUAUCUGUUGCAUUCUUGCAUAAAGCAAAAGGCUUUGCAAGUGUCUUCUUUCGAACGGGAACUGGGGAUGCAGACGUAUCUCAGAUUCUGCCUCACAGUUUAUAUCGGUUCUCCCAUAUGAUCCCUUCUUUCAAAAUGACAGGAGUUGAAGGAAAAGGUUUACCAAAAGAGGCUUACGAGCUGGACCAAGCUGCACUACCUGAAACAAUCGAAGAGACUAUGGUUCCUACAAACGCUGAGAGUAAUAGAAAGCCUAAACGCCAUGCAAUUUACUUCGCUAGCAAGGGGAAGGUUUUUCAGACUGGCCAGAUUUGGUCAUAUUGCAGUGGUCUUGAUGAGGUUCCUCUGUACUACUGUAGGAUUCAGAAGAUCACUGCUGUUCAAGUACUCGAGCAGGAGACAAAAUAUAAACUACAUGUAAGUCGGUUCAUGGCUACUCGCUUCCCUGUCGAUGUGAUCCAGUGGGAAGAGAAGAAAAUGCCCGUUGGUUGUGGAACUUUCUACGCGAGAAAUGCUCUCGAAAUAAUCACUCCAGAUGAUAUUUCGCAACAGAUUAUGCCUCAAACCUCCAUGGAUGGAAAUGAGUUUACUAUACUUCCCAAGGUUGGGGAAGUUUGGGUGAUACACAGAUUCUGGAAUCAGUACAUGGAAUAUGAGAGGUUGGCUUAUAGCAGCUGUGACAUCGUUGAAAUUCUUGAUGACACCUUGGACUAUAAGGUCUUACUGCUGGAACGCUCUCACGGUUGUGAUAAAGGUGAAGAUGAGGAUGAUCAUAUGUUUUUUCAGGCAGUUACGGAGUAUAAGUAUAACGAGAUUGACGGCUCUGAACCAAUAUUUACGAUCCCAAAGUCGGAAAGGCUCAGGUUCUCGUACAAGGCUCCUGCUUCCCGUGUAACCAAGGAGAUACACGGAGUGUUAAACGACCUUACGAAAGUUGAUUCAGGAGCAUUACCUCAUAACCUGGUGUUUUCAGACCAUUGAUGAGCAAAGAAAGAAAGCAAGGGAAGCCAAUGAUUCCUCUUGGUUAGCUUUUGGUGCAUUUUGUUGGGUUUCUUUUUUUGGUUAAGUAUCUUAAGACUUUCUCUAUCAUGUAAGAAUGUUCUUAUCUAUGUUCUGAAACAUGAUGUAAGACUUUCACUAUCAUGUAAGAAUCUUAAGGUCUGUAUAUUCCUCAUGAAGCAGCAUGUAUUUGCAAGUUGGUCUGAAAUCUUUCUCA